AGUCUCUCUGUGGAAGGCCAGUCUCCCAAUCCCGGAGAGAGUCAGAUUAACAGGAGUCCCAAUCCCCGUCCCCCGCAGCAGGCAGCCUCUGCCUCCACCCGAGCUGGGCGAGGGCAUCUCUGCAUUUAUAAAAGGGAGGGGUGGUAAGAACUCCACCUCUGCACGGGGAGGACCAGUGUGGGCAUACCUGUAGCUCCUGGGGUCCCACCGGGUUUGAAGGCAACUGUUUACCUUUUUGAAGGAAAAGAUGUCUUGGAAGACGUUGCUGCUUCUGCUGUUGUAUUAUGAUGCUCAGGCCACUGUGCCCCCCAGGUGGGGCAGGGCCAUGCUUUUCCCUGCUGCCCAUCGGCCAAAGAGAUCCUCAUCAAUGCCCUUGAACCCCAUCCUGCAGAGCUCCCUGGAGGAAGUAGAACUGCUCUAUGAGUUCCUGUUAGCUGAACUUGAGAUCAGCCCCGACCUGAAAAUCUCCAUCAAGGACGAGGAGCUCUCCUCCUUGCGGAAGGCCGCUGACUUCCGCACCGUCUGCAAUGAAGUGAUCCCCAAGCACAUCCCAGACAUCCGCCGGCUCAGCGCCAGCCUCUCCAGCCACCCCGGCAUCCUCAAGAAAGAGGACUUUGAAAGGACAGCCCUGACUCUGGCCUACACAGCCUACCGCACAGCCCAGUCCCAGGGGCAUCAGAAGGACAUCUGGGCCCAGUCCCUCCUCAGCCUCUUCCAAGCCCUGAGGCACGACUUGAUGAGGUCCUCAGGCCCCAGAGCAUCUCGCUGAGACUGGCCUGCACCAGGACCACAGAGCCGGCACCAGCACACACAGUAAUCCAGAAAGUCUUCAUUCUCUACUCUGUUUCCAGGGACCAGCAACAAAACACAUACCACCGACUCAGAGCAGCAAAGAUAAAAUAAGUAAUCCCAAUGCCCUUUGCCCCUUGUAGCUUCCUGACAGGCACAUCUGAUUCAUGUCAGAAUGUGACCUGGGCUGGAAGGAAGGACUGGAGUGGCAAUUCAAGAUGGCUCCAGGGGCUGAAAGGUUUGCCUGAUGGCAUGCUUCGCACUGAGUGACGGCCACCAGCACCCAGGAGUGAGGACACAGCUAGAGGAGCUCGUAGAGGGUUGGGCAUGGCGGGAAGGUGGGGGACAGAUUUGUUUGGUCCUAAGAGAUCAGGGUACGGGUUUGAAUGAAUAUAUCUCCACAGGUUCUGUAGUAAGAUAUAAAGAAAGUAGAGCUAUAGCCAAAUAAAUAAAUACACUGUUAGCCAAGGAUAUACUUCUCAACUUUUCCCAGAGUCGCCCAGAAGAAUCUGUUAGAAAGUCAGUAACUUUAUGACCUACAUGUUUUGACUCUUCUUUUCUGAAGACUUAGCUGAUCCAGAUGACAAACAGGAAGAGGGACCCAGGAUGCUACGGGCAUGCCUUGUCUUUUGAACAGAGAAACCAAGCUGUGGCAGAGAGGGUCAUGCUAAAAAGAAGUGGUACCAACGGCCAUGCCUGUCUACGCUAAUGCUAAAAUGAUUUAGCUACAUCAAAUACAAAUGACUUUCAGAUGACAAAAUUUUACUCUUUCAAAUGCCAAAACUUUCAUUUUAGAAAUACUGACCUGAUAUUUUCUGAACUAUGAACUCUAUAUGAAAUUCCUUAAGCUUAUAUUUAGUACAUUUGAAGAAACACUGUAAUGAUGGAGUUAGAUAAGAUAACCUCUAACAGUCCUCUACUUUCUGGAAGUUCCACAUUCAGCUAACAGAGCGAUAUUACAGGGCGGACACAGGGACCUGAGAGAUCUGCUGCGCUAUCUGUGCCGAUCCUGAAAGGUUCCGGGCUUUGCUAAUUCUCAGUCUGGGGUAAGCCUGGGUUCUCAGUCUGGGGUUUUUGCUGCUUUCCUCACUCCUAGCCUCUAAGAGCGCACUGUCCUUGGUUGCCAACAUCACUUGCCCUUUGCAAUCUGUUUCUUUUUUAGCUGCCAUUAUCUAAAAAAUAAGAUUGCUAGGUUUGUCAUAAUUCUAUAUUAAAUGAGAGUUGGUAGAUGAAGGCCUCUGCUAGGAGGAAAGCACUGGCUCAGAAGCCCCUCUGGCUCCUCCUGGGUUUACGGCUGGGUUCUAGAGGCUAAAGCUGCAAGCACUUUGCUUGAUCUUUGCACAAGUGAAGAUUCAGUGGUCUAAUUUUGAUUCUGAAAUGGGUAUUUAACAGUCAUCAUCUAAUGAUGAUGAAAGCUGGUCUGAACUUCUUUAAAAUCUUUGAAUGAGUGAGCUUUGCCUAGCAGCACAAGCUGCACAAUCUUUCUUGAGAAAUACCAGGGUUCAGGAAAAAGAUACUCAUCAUCAGAAAAAUACAGCUUUGCAUCCUGAUGUUCUCAGGCUAAGAUUAAGUGUCGGUCUGUCUGGUUCUCAUUCCCUGAGCAUACAUACUGCUUUUUUACCUCCCUCACAUGCGGACUCUGAUACGGUAUUUCUCUUCAACUUUUCUCUUUCUAAUAUUACAUGCUCACUCUGACAUGGCCAUUCCAUUUGUCUCUUCUAUUGUAUUUUAGUUGGUGUCUCUGCUGCUCUAUCUUUGGGCCCAGUUCUAAUUAUCCUGAGGUACCCCCCAGGUCUCUUCUGGCUGACUUUUGCCUGCCCUAUCUGUCUGCCCCUACUCUGACACUCUUCUAGUCUCCUUAGGGUAUCAAUGUCCGACUAAAACAAAAGUCAGUGUACAGUCAGGGCUGGGAUUGCCUGGAAGGUGGAUCAGCCUGUCUGCCUACCUUCACUGUUUGUGCUUCUCCUGGGAAGGGGUCAAGAGAGGCCUGACUCCCUAGACACUGUGCGAUACCCUGACAGUCAGAGCCUGCCUCUCACCCUGGGGUUCUACCCUUGGGGCUCACAUCCAUUCCAGCUCAAUGUAUCUCAGGCUUUCUUUUGUUCACCAGGUGGGAAGACCCGCCCCGUAGACCCUGCCUACCAUAUUAUGACAUACGGGGCUGCUCCCAGGGGUAGGAGAUCCAUGAAUGGGAAGAUGGUUUCCAGGACCAGUGACAGCAAUGGUAGUUCAUUCACCCUGCAACAAGAAAAUAAAGGCACUUUUCAACUCAUACAUCUGGGCCCAUAUUUAUUUGGCAAGCAAUGACUGAACAAAACAGAAAUGAGAAGGGCAUGAUCUUUUUAAAGACAAAUGAAAAUUUCAUUUUCAGGAGCUAGACACUUAAACACUAUUUAAGUCUGAAUACAAAUCUGUUGUUUACCCACAAAAGGUUGUAUAACAAUAACUUCACUUACAUGCAAAAUCAAAUAUGCUCACCACUACCACCCAAAGACCUGGUUCUUUGUCCUGGACAGACUGGACAGAAAGGGACUCUCCCAUUUUGCCUUAUUAAUGACACCCUGUACAUACCACAGUCACAAAUGAGUCAUUUUUUGUCAUAUUUACUCAGACAGAAUAAUUUGGGGUGUGAUGCUUGUAGUGGCAACUUGCUGUUGACUUAUGGAACCAAUUUUGCCAUUUCUAUACUGCUGGGAAGUUUUAGGAUCUAAAACUUCUGGAAGUUUCCUCUAUAGUUGACAUGCCCAUGGCUUCUUUUGAUGUCACCUGAGACACUGAAAAACAUUGAUGUGCUAAAACUUACAUUGCUCUGUCAUCUCACCUGGAAUCUAACUGUAAGAGAAUCAGCAAAAUAAGUGGUAAAUCAGUCAGAAUGUAUUUCCACAGGUAAACUGGUCUAAAGUUAAAUGUUUAUUAAAUGACUUUACAUGGUGCCUCUUACUUUCCUAACCCAUUUUAAUGUCUUACAUUUUGUUAUUAUUGUGGUAAUAAAAAAAACAUGAUUUGAAAUUUA